AUGACCUUUCCAUCUUCCGUUGAGCAUCUUCCCUUACCUCGGUCGAAACAACGUAGUCGUCUAUCAAGGAGGAACGACGACUAUGAAGAAGAAGGUGGACACAGGUCCACUCCGAGAGAUGCUGAAUUGAGAACGGAAGUCGGGGUAGGUGGUACUCUGUUGGAUUUCGGAAGACACGGAGGAGUGGGAUUGGAAAGAAGUAAGAAAGGCUGGGAGUGGGUUUGGGCGAGCGAGGAGAGGAAAGACUUGAGAUACGUAAAUGGAGAGCAAGCGAUAUGUUUGUUUCCUGCUACGAGAUCGAUGGAAAGGGAGGUGAAUAUAUCGGGGAAAGAUAUGAUUGAUUCGUCUACAAAUUACAUUGAAUCUCUCUGUUCACCAUACGAGCGCUACGGUCUACGAGAAUCUCUCACAUCCAUCUUAGACGAGGAUACAACCCAUCGAGCUGGACCGUCAAACACAUCAAAACAGCGUGGAUUAGGUAUACCAGAGAGGGACGUAUAUGAGGGACCCAAAUUAGCAUUGAUCGAUAAUCCCAGAGCUAGAAUAGCGAAAACUCUAUUGGCUUUCCCGGUUGGUGAAGUGGGACAUUGUCUAAACAUCAGUCCGUUCUUACCUGCGAAGAGUACCAAAGUCGACCAGAGGAGUAGACUCCAUUUUCUACCUACCCAUAAAACCGUUGAGAGGUUUCCUACCCCUAUUUUACAGAUCGUUUCUUCGCCUGUUGUUUCAAGCUCAAGGAUUGAUCGCGAAGCUACAGCACUACUAGUUCGGCUGCAGUCCACCACUCACCUCUUGAACCUUAUACCCGAUCACACGUACGUGCCGCCGAGCUCGGAUGCACCCGUAAUAUGUCAGCGGACAGCAUCAUUAAGCUACGAAGAUACCGAGGGAAGAAGGCAUGUUGACGUAGCGUUAGAUCCCAAGAUAUGGUCGAGGAUAUUGGUCGUAGAUGAUUCUGGCGGGGUAUGGUUAUGGUGGGAAGAGAAAGAUAAUAGGAUUGGCAGGAUUGAGAAGGCUUGGAAUCUACGCAAGAUAAGGGAUAAAGUCACGGAUGAAAAGAAUCAGUUUUUCAGGAUUGCGUUUGGUUCGAAGUCCGAUACUGCUUUGGUCAUAUCGGCAAGGGAUUGUGUAGUAAUUGAUCUGAAUGAUCCCGACCACCCCUCUACAACCCUCCUCAGCCUACACAGCAAAGAUCGUCAAUUUACAUCCCUCGACAAAACAGCUUCGGAGCGUAGAUCUCAGCAUACUGUGAUUGCAACGAAUCACGAGAUCAUGUGGGUCGACGAGAGUAAACCUGGUACACCAAUCAUAUCGUGGAAACAUGAUUUUGGACAUUCGACAGAUUUGGAAGUAGGCGUGAUACCUGGAUUGAGUAACAGAGACCUAUGCACCAUACUGUACUCUACCGCACAGCGGUUCCUCUUAGCAUUUCCACUCGCAAAAUCCACACAUCCUCGAUCACUCUCCCAUCCCUACCCCUUGAACAUCCCUAUCGACGGCCUGGGGUCUAUACAGCCUUUUACUCCUGCUUCUUUCCGUCAUCCGAGAUGUUUGAUCGGUAUCACCCCGGAUGGAGCAAUCUACUCGGUUCCGCUCUUGUCUGCGAAUGGUAGAUCAAGGCCCGCCAGAAGUGAUCUGAAGAAACCGAUAACGGAGAUCAAGUCUAUCUGGGACGAACAUGUACACUCUUUGAGAGAUAAGAUCGAUGGAGAUCAGAAAAGGGAAGAUGCGGAGAGGAUCAAGAGUGGUAAAGAAUUGGAUCUCCGUUGGGCUUGGCUUGAGAUCAAUCAAUCGUCGGGAAUGGUAGAUCAGAAAAUAUAUUUUCAUCCCGUUGAAUUCGAACAGUAUCUGAGAGAAUUGGAUGCACCUUUGGAACAUUUCAUGACAGCUGGCGAUCUAGCUCGAGAUUCAAUUUACCCCGAACCGACCGAGCUUCAAUCACAUUUACUCAGCCCUCUUCCCUUACAUCCUCAAGGAUCCAAGGUCACUAUCGACUCGUUGACUCGAAUGAAUUUCUCCAAAAAUCUUCCGGUAAUUUCGAGCUUCAGUAACGAUUUGCCUAUACUCGAUAACUGCCGACCCCAAUUGAGAACGAUAGCUAACAAAGAUAUUCCAACGGACUUGGACAUAUCCCCCUCGAAUACGUAUGAGAUACUACGAGAAUCAUUUCCUAUGUCCAAGAAGAGUGACAUUGCUCAAUUGGCGCUGGACCUAUCUCUGUCGACCACCAUCUUCUCCUCUGAACCAAUUGUGAUGCCUUCCGAUAACGCACAUCACAACACGCAAAUGGCGGAACCCGAUGAUCUAUUUACUAGAGCAGCGGGGUUGAGUCUAAGUGAGAAGGAACCGCCUAAAAUCACUUAUCAUCAUCUGAUUCCUCAACUGAAUUAUAUCGAUGAUUUUGAAGUUGGUAUGGUGAUAGGUAAGGAGAAAGAGAACGAAGAUGAAUUGCAGGAUUUGACUGCCAGGGGAUUAUUGAAUGAUUGGAAGUUGUCCUCGAACCCUUUGGAAUAUACUUGGAAAUCAUGGAGAAGGGAUGAUGAGUUUGAUGAUCAUACGAUCAGUCAUCGAGAGCCCAUUAGAUCACAAACACAAACACAAGCGCAGACACAGACACAGACACAGGUGAAAAUGUCUUUGUCGCAAACACAAAAUGAAAGGAUGAUCAAACCAUUACCUUCACAAUCCCAAUCGCAAUUUAGGUAUUCGCAACCUACUCUAUCAACUUUCGCACGACCGCAACAACUUUCACAAUUUUCUUAUCGUACUCCACCUUCCUUAUCUACCAUUGAACCCCAAUCUCUAAUCCAACCAAAUAGAUCUAGGGGAUUGACACCCACGUUCAGUUUACCCGACCUAAGACAUUACCCACCGGAUUUAGGUUUAUCAAGAUCAUCACCUCCUCCACAACCUCACGGACCAGGAUCCAGUCAACCGCCAACGGAAGAGGUGCAGUGGGCUGCUACUCAGGUGGAGAGAGGACCUUUCGGUGGGAGGGGGGAUAAAGAGAAGAAGAAGAAGAAAGAGAAAAAGAGAAUUGGAGGGUUUUAA